CCGUUUUGGCUGCUCGUAUGAAGUGUAAUGUUGUACAUUAAACUAAGCGUAGAGGGCUACGUCUAAAAAAGUUGUAACCUGUUUUAAUCUGAUAACACAAUCUAACGUUUUAAGAUCAUUGAUCUGUAGUCAGUUCCGGAAAAGUAUCACAUAUAGAGGGCGUACUUAUCGUAUUUGAUCAACUCCUCAGGCGGCCCCGGUUCCUCUCCGUCGCCGUGCCGGAAUACUAAUGAUUGUGGGUGCCGCGACCAAGACGCUUCGUUGUCUAACAACUACAGUGAAAAUGCAGAAAUUUGUAUGUACGUCAAUCCAAGAACCGCUGAAUUUUAUAUCCAACAAGAGGUGUGCUCCAGCUGACAAAUUCAAUGAAGUGGAUAACUUAGAACCAGCAACCGGCAAGGUUUUGCUUCAGUUUGCAAGUUCCGCACAGAAUGAAGUGAAUCGAGCUGUCAAGGCUGCAAAGGAGGCACUGCCAGCAUGGAGUGCUCUGACUGCCGCCGAGCGUGGAGUUUUCCUGAAGAAGGCUGCCACCAUCAUCGAGGAGAAUCUGGAAGACAUCGCGCAGAUGGAAGUGAAGGAUUGUGGCAAACCCAUCUGGGAGGCCAGGAUUGAUGUGCAAUCUGUCGCCGACACAUUGAACUACUUCGCUGGUGUUACGCCGGAAGCUAUGAAAGGAACAUAUCAGCCACAACCAGGAGGCUCGUAUGCUCUGGUCCAGCGGGAGCCAGUUGGUGUCUGUGUGGGAGUUGGGGCUUGGAACUACCCGAUCCAGACCUGCGUCUGGAAGACGGCUCCGGCGCUGGCCUGCGGUAAUACGUUCGUGUACAAGCCGUCACCCCUCACCCCGGUGACCGCUGUGACCUUGGGCGAGGCUUUGGCCGCGGCCGGCGUGCCCCCAGGCGUCUACGGAGUUGUUCAGGGCGAGGGCGAGACGGGCCACCUGCUCUGCUCGCACCCGGACGUCGCCAAAGUCUCCUUCACCGGCUCCGUCGGCACCGGCAGCAAGAUCAUGGCCGACGCCGCGCGCGACAUCAAGAAGGUGACCAUGGAGCUGGGAGGCAAGUCGCCGCUCAUCAUCUUCGAAGACGCUGACCUCAAGAACGCCGUGAGGGGCGCCAUGCUGGCCAACUUCCUGUCGCAGGGCCAGGUGUGCAACAACGGCACUCGCGUCUUCGUGCACGCGUCCAUCAAGGAGCGCUUCACGGCCGCCCUGGUGGAGGCCGCCGAGAAGCUGAAGGUCGGUGAUCCGCUCAAAGAGGACACCACCGUCGGCGCCACUGUCUGCCGGCAGCAGUUCGACAAAGUGAUGGGAUUCAUCGAGCGCGCCAAGAAAGAGGGCGGCCGCGUGCUGUGCGGAGGCGAGCGCGUCACGCUGCCGGGCGAGCUGGCGGGCGGCUGCUACCUGCGCCCGUGCGUGGUCGCGUGCCCGCGCGACGACAUGGAGCUGGUGCGUGAGGAGGUGUUCGGCGCCGUGCUGGCGCUGCUCGAGUUCACCGACGAGGAGGACGUGGUCCGGCGCGCCAACGACACGCGCUACGGCCUGUCCGCCGGCAUCUUCACACGGGACCUGUCGCGCGCACACCGCGUCAUGGCGCGCCUGCAGGCGGGCGCCUGCUUCGUCAACACCUACAACGUGAUGCCGGUGGGCGUGCCGUUCGGCGGCUACAAGAUGUCCGGCUUCGGGCGCGAGAACGCCGUGGAGGCGGUGCAGAGCUACACCCAGCUCAAGUCCGUGUACGUCGAGACCGGCGAUGUGGACGCCGCGCCGCUCUGCACAUAGGUGGCGCCGGGGGUGGCCGCGCGGACGGUGUUCGCGCGCGCGUGGCAGAGCGCCGCAGAUCUGGGACCAGUCGGGGUGUAGUGAUAGUCGCCGAGCUGAUAUUACGGUUGCUUGCCAGUGCGAGGGACGCGUUAGAAUGAGGCUGGAGGAGGAAUCUUCCGGGGUUUAACCCUCGUGGCAGACACAGGGGUGAUAGGGGUUGGUAGCAGCAGAGCGUAACUCGGGUUGUGCCCGCCGAGAGAGGCGUGGCAGACUAACAUAUCAUGGGCUAGUGGGCUGCUAACGACAUGUAAUGGCGGGCGGUCUUGUACCUGCCGGUACCAUAGGCUGCCGCUGUAAUUGCUGCAGCCGAGAGCAGUAACCGAGGGAGGUGUAGGUUGCCCGGGCCUCCGCGGUACCGGAGGGCUCGUCAGUGUCCACCCGGAUCUGACACCGCUUUCGGCCCGGCCUGGGGCCGCGGGUCGGUACGAUUUGCUCGCGGCGGCAGUGCUCGCAGCGUCGCGGGCACUGCCGCCGCGAGUCGCGUGAGCGAGCGGCACGGGUCGUGCCGCUGGGCUUGAGGUUCGGCCGGUCGGGACGAGUCGUCGGCUGCCUUGCGCUGUGAUCCGAUGAAGGGUCUGCGAUACAUUCCGGCAGUGGAAAUGCCUUCCUGGACGCGCCUGUAGUGGAAACUGCUUUGUAAACGCUCUGGUUAGCCCUGCAGCGUUGUUUGCUUUUGAUGUCUUUAUUGUCGCCGUGCUUGCGCGAUCGUGUUACUGUAACGCAACGUGUGUUAUGAACUUCAGCGAGACGGUGCUCGUGCCGCGCCGUGCAGCGCACUCCGCGACUCGCGCCGGUUGCUAUGUGGGUCUCCUGGCGGCGGAGCCUCCUGCGCUGGCAUCAGAAUCUGCCCGCUCUGACGAGGGUGGUGAGCCCUCUGAUGCGCCAGAAUCCGUACUCAAGGCUGUAUGUCCGUCUGUGCAAUACACUGAUCCGGAAGCC